UGGGCCGGGGGCGGCGGCUGGGCUCGCCCCGCACCAGGGGACCUGGGGUUGGAGGGAGCCGAGCCCGGGGUGCGGGGAGCAGGUGAGCCCGGCGCCCUGUGCGCGCUCGGCCCCCAGCCCGGCCCGUGGAUGGUCCCUGGCGUGGCCGGCGGCCCCGGCACCUCUCGCCCUGCCUCGAUUGCUCGGUCUCCAGCCCCGGGCGGUCACGCCGCGGCCGGGCGAGAAUCAGGCCCUGGGCCUGACCGGGCUGCUUUGCUUGUCCCUGGCCGGGAGCAGCUGGCAGGCUCGUUAUCGUCAGGUAGCGUGGAGGCGCUGGGGCUGUGGGAGCCGCGGCAGGUGCCGGUGACGUUCGAGGACGUGGCGGUCUAUUUCUCCCCGGAGGAGUGGGCGGCGUUAGAGGAAUGGCAGAGGGAGCUGUACCGGGACGUGAUGAUGGAGAAUUACGAGCUGGUGGCAUCUUUGGGCUCCGUGGGCCCCAAGCCCAAGGCAUCAGCUAGAAAAGCAAAGCGAGAGAAGGCACCAUAUGUCUGGGACCACCAGUACUCGAGAGCGAAAGUCCUGGUGCUUCCAGCACAGGGGAACGACACCCCUAACCAGGAGCCGACGACCUUCGAGGAGGUGGCGGUCUAUCUCACCACCGAGGAGUGGAAGGAGCUGAAGGACUGGCAGCGGGAGCUGUAUCAGGACGUGAUGAAGGAGAAUUACGAGCUGGUCACGUCUGUGGGAGGCACCAUGGCGAAACCGGAGAUUGUCUCUAGGCUAGAGCGCGGGGAAGAGCCAUACAACCCCAGAGAGACACGUGUUCCUGGUCCCCAUGGCAUGGGUGGUGGGACCCGGGGGACUGACGAGGAGGGGAUGCGUCGUGAGGACGAGACGGCAGAGCUGGACCCGAGCGAGAUGCCAACGGAGCGAGACGCAGCGAGAGCUUCCCUGGGCUCGGCCGGGACCGGAGCCAGCGCGAGGCCUGGGGGGAACGGACACGAUGAACCCCCGUGGGGCGAGAGGCGGGUCAGGGACUCCCCAGCCAGCGCUGAGCCCCAGAGCAACGGGGCCCCAGAAAGGCCCCGCCCAGCGCCCGAGAGCCAGGGGGGCAGCGUGGGGACGGGAGCCGUGACUGUAACCCCCAGCGCAGAGGGGCCGUGUGGGGGGAGCCCUGGGCAGCGGGGGAAGCCAACAGAGGAGCACGCCGCCCCUGGGGGCGGGAGGCCCUACGAGUGUGGGGAGUGUGGGAAGGGCUUUGGCAGCCAGGCCUCCCUAGCCAAGCACCGGUGGCAGCAUGCCGGGGCGGGCGCCUUUCCCUGCAGCCAGUGCGGCAAAGCCUUCAGCAGCAAGGGCAACCUCCUGCGGCACCUUACGCUGCACAGCGGGGAGAAGCCCUACGGCUGCGCCGAGUGCGGGCGGCGCUUCCGCACCAAGCAGGCCUUCCUGUCGCACCAGCGCGUGCACAGCGGGGAGAAGCCCUUCGCCUGCCGCCAGUGCGGACGGAGCUUCACGCGCAAGGAGAACCUCGUGCGCCACCAGGAGACCCACGUGCGCAAAGAGCCCCAGGCGUGCCCCGAGUGCGGCAAGAGCUUCCUGCACGAGGGCUCGCUGCUCCUGCACCGCCGCGCCCACGCCGGGGCCCGGCCCUUCCCCUGCGCCCACUGUGGCAAGAGCUUCAACUGGAAGACGAACCUCACCACCCACCUGCGCAGCCAUGCCGAGGAGCAGCCCCCCGCCGGCCGCCAGCGCGGCCAGGCUUCCAGCGACCGCGGAGACCUGCUGCGGCACCAGAGGGCCCACGCGGGCGGCGGGCUGCCGACGGGCUACGGCAACGGGGCGACCUUCAGCGAGUUCCUGCAGAUCCACGAGAUGCUGAUCUCCCGCACGCAUGCCCGCAAGCCCCUGGGCGCCCUCACCAAGUACAAAUGGGAGGGGAUCCCGGGGAGCCCUGCGGGGCUGGACCGGCUAAGGGAGGGGGAGCCGAGGUCUGUUCCAAGGUGCCCUGCGGUGCUGGCCUGGCUAAGGGAGGGGGCACCCCGGGGAGCCCCGUGGGGCCGGCCCGGCUGGGGGGGCACCCCGGGGCCGGCCCGGCUGAGGAGGGGGGACCCGGGGUCUUCGCACCCGCAGCAGGUUCGGUGCCCGAGGUCCCGGCUUGUGCCCAAAGCCCCCGGCCAGGGCCGAGUUUGGGGACCCGGGGCCGGGGCAGAGCCGAGCCCCGCUGCAGCCGCGGGCCGGGUGGAGGGAACCGGCUCGUCGGCAGCGAGCCCCGGCCGGACCCGGGCUGCUCCUCCCCAGCGCUGGGCCGGGCGGUGUGAGCGGCUCCUCCCCCGUCCCCGCCCGCCUCCUUCCGGCCCCGGCCCCGGCCCCGGCCCCGGCCUAGCCCGGCGGAGGAAGCGCAGCGGUGCCGCGGGAGGCUCCGGCGAGCCCAGGCGAGCGGCGCGCAGAGCCCCGGGCGGCGCAGGGGGCAUGGCCGCUGGGAGCGCUGCUCAGGCCCUGGUGUCGUUCGAGGACGUGGCGGUCUAUUUCUCCCCAGAGGAGUGGGCGUUGUUAGCUGAAUGGCAGCAGGAGCUGUACCGGGAGGUGAUGAUGGAGAAUUACGAGCUCAUCGCCUCGCUGGGUUCUGCAGGCCCCAAACCGGAAAUGAUCUGUAAAAUGGAGCGAGGGGAAGAGCCACACGCUGCAGCUCCCCAGGGGGAGAGGGACAGAGGAAUCCUGGAUGCCCCCAGCACAGCUGGCUGGGGCAGGCGUGUCAAGGAGGAGCGGCCGGUGGAGGGCUGCAACGAGCAGUGGGCGGCACACACGUCGCUGGCCGGGGGAGCCGAGGGGUUUGUGCUGGAGUACCCUGCCCUGUGGUGCGAGGUGAAGCCGAGGGACCUGGCUGGAGACGCCCCCCAGCAAUCCCCGGAGUGGGAGGGAAGGGACGGCGCGUUCCUGAGUGGCCCGUUGGCCAUGGUCCACCCGGCGAGCGAGGGCCCCCUCAUCUGCUGCGAGUGCGGGAAGAGCUUUGACGACGAGGCCUCGCUGAGCGCCCACCAGCGCCUGCACCCGGGCGCCGGGCCCCACGAGUGCCGGGCCUGCGGGAAGAGCUUCCGCCACCGCCGCAACCUGCUGACCCACAAGAAGCGGCGGGGCACGAGCCGGCACGCGUGCACUGAGUGCGGGAAGGGCUUCUGCCUCAAGGGCGACCUGCUGCGGCACCGGGCGGGGCACGCGGGCGAGGGCGGCCACGCCUGCAGCCUGUGCGGGGAGAGCUUCCGCCACCGGAGGACCCUGCUGGCCCACAGGAAGGAGCAUGCCGGGGACACGCCCCACCGGUGCCCCGAGUGCGGGCAGAGCUUCGGCGACCCGGCCAGCCUGGCCCAGCACGAGGCGGCGCACCGCGAGGAGAGGCCCUUCGUGUGCGCCCGCUGCGAGCGCAGCUUCAGCUGGAAGGAGAGCCUGCUGAUCCACCAGCGCAGCCACCCCCAGGAGCGCUCCCACAAGUGCGCCGACUGCGGCCGCAGCUUCAGCCGCAACGGCAACCUCCUCAUGCACCAGCGGGUGCACACCGGGGAGCGGCCCUACGCCUGCCCCGAGUGCGACCGCGCCUUCUGCAACAAGGCCAACCUCAUGGCCCACCGGAAGCUGCACCGGCGGUUCAAGCCGUACGCCUGCGCCCAGUGCGGGAGGAGCUUCAGCUUCAAGACCAAGCUGCUCCUCCAUCAGAGGGCCCACGGGGACGAGCAGUAGCCCCCUGCCGCUCUGGCUGCUGGAGGCUGCAGCCGGGCCUGGCAGGCUGCCUGGCUCUGGUGUUGCUAAGGGCCGGGGGCGAAAGUCGCCCCCGGGCAGAGGGCUGGGGCGAGGCCUAGGCGUUGCCUCAGCCUGGGGGUCCCCUGGGCCCUGGAGCAAGACCCCCGCCUUUGCGGGGAAGCUCUGCUGUCUUGCAGAGGCCUGGUUAGGUCACUCUGGGGGGGUUCUGCCGUUGCUAAGGGUAGGGGGUGAAAUUCGCCCCAGGGCUGAGGGCUGGCGCGCAUGCGGGACUCAAGCGGUGCCAAGGCCUUGCCAGCCAGCCCUCUCCCCGGGGGAAUUUCACUGGUCGUCAGUAUACUGCCGUGUGUCCUCCUUGUAAGGCAUCAGACUCGCCCUGGGCCUGGCUGCCCUGAGAGCUACAUCCCCCUCCUCAAAUGGCAGUUCCCUGGCCCGCCAGUGGGCAUCCUGAGCCCCCCAUAGUUACCUAACCCACCCAUAGGCGGUGGUGGUCUUAGAGAGUCAUAGCAGCGAAGGCCAGAAGAGAUUGUUCUGACCAUCCGGUCUGGCCUCCUGCUUCACCCAGGGCAGAGAAUCUCACGCUGGGUCUCCUGCAGCCCCCUAAGAAGGACCAUUGGGCAGUUUCUGAGAGAGGUCAGGGCACUAGCCGAAGCCUUGGGUUCAUGUCCCUGCUCUGCUACAGAUUUCUGUGUGGCCUUGGGCAUGUUUCUUAGCCGCUCAGGGCCUUGCUGCCCCAGCCAUACAAUGGGGAUACCAGCCUGUCCUGCCCACGGGGCGGGGGGUGGGGAUAAAUACAGUCCUGCUUGUGAGAUGCCCAGAUACCACGGUGAUGGUAGCCAGAUAAAUGGAUGGUUUGUCUGGUUGGCCCCCGGCAUAGCCCGGGCUGUAGAAGUUCCCACGGUUGAGCGUGAGGCUCCUCUAGCUGCUGUUCCCAGUGUGACUGGUUUUCCCCAUAGAGACGGUCCUGUGGGGCAUUUCCCAGUGCCCGCCCUGCUUGUUUCACCACAGCAUCGAAGGGGUGCCCUGUACCCGGGUCCCUUCACAUUAGAACUGCGCCAGGAUUUUGGAAAUGCUCCGCAGCUCCAGAGCUGCAAUGGGGGGUGUGGGGAGGGUUCCCCGCGGGGCGGCGGGGAGAGACAGUGAAGUCUGUGCAGAGUUCAGGGCGGAUAUAAUCCCUCCAGGCCGGGCUGCAGCGAGGUGACCCAUGUUCCUAGUGCCCACCCUCCUCCAGGGAGAAACUGCCCAGCGUUGUGUGUGUCCUGGCUGUGCGCCCCCCGAAGGUGCAGAAGCGGCCAUCUGCCUUCCAGACUCCCCCCCGGGGACGGCCCAGUGAGGGGGACCAGCGCUGCAAGUCAGGCUGAAAUUGCUAGGGCAGUUCCCAUUCUGCGGGGAGCCCAUUCCUGGCAGGCUGCCAUUUCUGCUGAGCAGCAGCGCAGUGAGUACCGAAUCUGGGCCACCUUCAUGGUGCUGGGGACACAAAUUCCUGUUUCUUUCAACGGACAGAAUGUCUUGGGGACCUCGUGUAAAUCUGGCUGCAGACAGACCAUUACCUGGGGAUUUGCAGGUCCUGCCGAAAAUAGAGUUAUUCCUUGCUUGGGGCUCUCCGCAGAAUGCUAUCUGCAAACCCUCCCCUGGCUUGUCCACUCUGGUCUCGUCAUGUCAGCCUAAGAGGUACUUCCCACAGUGCACAGUCAACCUGUGGAACUCCUUGCCAGGGGAUGUUGUAAACGCCAAGACUAUAACGGUUCAAAAAAAGAACUAGACCAGUUCCUGGAGGAUUGGUCCACCAAUGGCUAUUAGCCAAGAUGGUCAGGGACGCAGCACCGUGCUCCAAGUGUCCCUAAACCUCCAUCUGCCAGCAGUUGGGAGUGGACGCCAAGGGAUGGAUCACUUAAUAAACUGCCCUGUUCUGUUCAUUCCCUCUGAAGCACCUGGCAUUGGCCACUGUUGGAAGACAGGAUCCUGGGCUAGAUGGACCAUUGGUCUGACCCGGCAUGGCCGUUUUGAUGUCAUCCUGUCCCUUCUGACCCAUCGAUGAUGCCAGCUUUGACUGCCUACUUGUCUGCUUCUCUGCUGUUCUCGCCUUGGCCUCCUACAUGACUGCGACCCCCUCCCUGGACUGAUCUCUGAGACCACUCCCUCCCCCCCCCCCCCCCGCAUGUCCCUCCUCCAGGCCGGGUCAUGUCUCCAGGACCUUGGCCGGCUAACAGUGGUGAGGGGGCGGGGGCAGUUGGGUAUAGUCGAUGUGUAUUUAUUCAGUUCCCCACCCUUCGUAUGUUUACAUGGCGCCCUGAGCUGUCCGCUCCUUGGAGCUGGGCCUGCGGCUCCCUGUCCAUGCAGGUGAUGCCUGGCAGGCUGUGGGCCCUGCAGUAACCCAGAUACUGCAUUAUAACAACUGCAGGGGCUCUGGCCACGUGUCCUGGCCAGAGCUGAGCCUGCCGGGCUGGUGGCAGGGGGUACAUCUCCACGGGCCCAGUGUUGGUACGGUGGCUAUUUCCUGUUACUGGGUGAGCUCAGGGUAAGGAAUAAAGAUGUCGUGAGUCGGGA